GGCUUGUGCCACCCUGUCCCUUCAGGUUCACAUGGUUGGGUUUGGGAUGGAAUACUUUAGGUGAGAGCGAGCCAUGAGAUUCUUGGUUCGUCCUCCUCUUCAGCAUCUGAUUCACCACCGCCUACCUCCUCCCCUGAGCAGGAGAGUCAUGAGUAGAAACGUUGACUCCAGAGGAAGUCGGGAUCCGAGCUCCAAUCCUAAAGUCGCCAAAAUCCGGCAACUUCUCUCCCAAGACUCUUCAACAGCAGCAGGUGUAUCAAAGGAAAAACAUGAAGAUUCUUUCAAGCCAUUUAAUUGGGAUCUUGCCGAAAGGGUACGAGAAACUCUAGCAUUAAUCGCUAGAAAAGAUGGCUGGGAAAAAUGCUGGGAGGAAGGAGUAACUCCAUGGGAUCUGGGUCAACCAACACCUGUAGUUUUGCAUCUCCUUCAGACAGGAACACUUCCGAAAGGGCGUAUAUUGGUCCCUGGAUGUGGCACUGGGUAUGAUGUGGUUGCUAUGGCCAGCCCUGAUCGUCAUGUUGUAGGCUUGGAUGUAUCAAGAAAUGCUGUUAAGAAAGCCAAAGAGUGGUCAUCCUCUUUUCCAAAUGCAAAUUAUUUCGACUUUGUGGCAGCAGAUUUUUUUACUUGGCAGCCAGCAGAAUUGUUCGAUAUGGUUUUUGAUUACACGUUUUUUUUUGCCAUAGACCCUUGCAUGAGGCCAUCUUGGGCAAAGAAAAUGGCUGAUAUUUUAAAACCAGAUGGAGAGCUCAUAACACUUAUAUAUCUGAUCAAUGAUCAGGAAAGUGGACCGCCAUAUAAUAAUUCUAUUGCUGACUACGAGGAAGUGCUGAACCCAGUAGGUUUCAAAGCCCUCUCAAUUGUGGACAAUGAUCUAGCAAUCGCGCCACGCAGGGGCAAGGAGAAGCUUGGAAGGUGGAAAAGGUGUUUGAACCGUUCAUCACUCUGAAUUGAUGAUUUAUUUUUUCAAAAAAAAUCUCGCUUCAAAUUUGUUGUGAAGUAUAUAGCCUCUUGAGAUCAGUUAUGGUCAAAUUUAUCCUAUUAAUAAAAAUUCUAUGUUGAAUUAGUUGGUACAUUUACAAGCAACUGGAGCAGUUUUCGCAUUAAAAAACAAAUGUUGUCUAAUAGGGAAUUGGCAGCAUAGAGACUUGUAUUAUGAAGCUUUGUCAUAAUAAAGAAAUUAUCGCAUGAGUGUGUGAUAUAGAUUUUAUUUGUAUUCCCUGUGUAUCAAUUUUCAUGGUAUAUGGUACUCAUGUAGGCGCGUCUUAAUUUUUCAAGACGUUUUAGCCGCCAUUUAUUAUUACGUAUUGUAAUGAUGAUAUGCGCUUUGCAUACGGAUGCAGACAAUUUGAGACGCAACGAAGAAUUAUAAUGU